UCUGAGUGCCUCCCGGAGCAGCCUGGCUACUGACAACGACAGUCUGUUUUAUUUUCACUCUCCGGUCAACAACUUUCUGUCUAAACUCACAAAGCACAUGAGGUCUCCGUCCGUCUCCUGCCUGGACGUGGACACGUCCCCUCCGACCAACGAGUCCAGCCCCGCCUCCCUGACUCCGUCCUCUCCCACAAAGUCCCACCGCCGGUCUGCGUCGUGUGGCACCAACCCCAUGGGUCACGUCCAGGGGUCCGGGCCCGACAUGCGGAUCGUCAGGAUCCGGAUGGACCUGCAUGACGGAAACCUGUACCGAAGCAUACUGGUCACGAGCAACGAUAAGACCCCCGCUGUGAUCAGUGCCGCCUUGGAGAAGCACAAUCAGGACCCCAAACAGGCGUCCAGAUAUGAGCUGAUCCAACUUCUGCCUGAAGGAAAAGAGCUGGUCAUUCCUGCCACAGGAAACGUGUUCUACGCCAUGACUUCAGCCAGCGUGGACUUCCUGUUGAAGAGGAAAGGUGGGAACGCCCCGCUCGGCCUGCAGCCAAUCAGCACGGAGACGAGCGCCACAUUUCCUCGAAUCAAGGCCAAAGGAAGGAGACUGGUCCGGACUUUAUUUUGACAUGAACUCUGUCCUUCGUAGCAGAUUUUUUUUAAAAUCUGGAUGUACGUAACAUGUUUAGAUAUUUGUGCAGAAAAAAAAAAGACACGCCUUCCCUUCCUGCUCUGACCAAGUCUGUUCUGCCAAAAAUAUCAAGAAUGAGUUUGUUCAUCAGAGCCUCCUGCUGCUGAGGAACAGUCAGCUUUAUUUUCUAAAAGGUCUAAAACUUCCUCAGUUUAAUGAAAAACUGUUUUUCAUCUCAGUUAAUAUAACCACAGGUGCAGAAGUGUAGCAAAACAGAUCUUUUCUACGUAUUUAUAUAUUUUGUACGUCUGCGUGAUUUUAUUCUCACAAAGCUCCAGGUUUUUAUUUGACAAGUAAUUCACCUGUCAGAGCUCACGAUAAACACAAAUCUGAUUUUAUUUCCACUGAAAUGUUGCUUUUCCUCAUCGGUUUGUUUUGAACUGGAUGUUUUGGUUUUAAGCAGCAGCUCUGUGGCGUCCGACAGCAGACGGAUCUUUUACUUCCUGCAGCUGGAGGUCAAAGUUUAUUUAAAAGGAAGUUGAACUUAAUUUUCCUCUGCUGGGUGUUUGGAAGCAGUAAAAUAAAUGUGACUUAUUUUAAAGACUCUCUGAAAACUAGUGGACAUAAAACUGAUGAUUGCAGAGUUUAAAAAUAUAUAUUUCAAGCACUUUAAAAAAAACAGGAAUGGCUUGGCUUCAGUGCGUCUCUUAUAAAAAAAGUGAUUUUAUUUUGAAGCACAAUGUUGGAGGUUUGGAGCUGUUUUAUCAGCUGACAGAGAAAAAUGUAUAAAAAAAUGAAACCUUUGUGUUUUUAAAGACGUCCUGUGACCUCUGGGCGCCACACGUUCCUCGGUGCUGAUGAAGCCUCCUGAUUGGUCUAGGCGCCGGGGUCGGUGGUGGCAGAGAGAGGAUUCUGGGUAAUAACACUGUGUUACUGUUUCAGUGCCUUUUUUCUCCCGGGUGCUCACCUCUCAGACGUGGAGAUGCCCCCUCCUCCCACGUUGUGCCGUUUUCACAUCAAACCUAUUUAUGCACUACAAACAGGAAGUCCUAUUUUGUGGUAAUAAAUUUACUUUUCUAUGAAAUGUUGUUGCUGUUGGAUGAUGUUUCCUGUUCUUCAUAAAAAGAGAGAAAUGACA